AUGCUAAUCAUUCACAGAACUGUUGGUGGAAACACGACCGUCAUUGGAGGAACAACAAGCACCAUACCCGCAGUCAGCUACUCGAGCGGAAACUUGACAUACUUCAGUGCCUCGUGGACUGGUGUUUUUGGUGGAACUACCUCCGUCUACGAUGGUACUACCCUCUCUCCGACUGUUACGACUGUGACACCUCAUCCAUACCCUACAACUACCAACACCCCCGAUCCUGAAAUCAACACAAAGAAAACUACUGUCAAGGCCACUUCCACCGGCGAAUCUGGACCUAAAUGCACACCCUCAUUGCUCGAGGUUUGUGGUAGCUCCUGUGAUUUGUUUUGCGUCGGAGGCUGCCCCUUAUGUCCCCCAGGUUUUGGUUCGGGCAGUGGCUCUGGUAGCGGUGCAGGCGCGGGGGGUGACGAUUCAGACAGUGAGACUACCGCUACCGAAACCGAAACCACAACCACAAUCAUUGCGACCUUUACUCUGGGUGCUGCUGGUUUUGUAUCGAAUGAAAUCAUCGAAAUGCGCCCUACGACGACUGAUGCUCUUACCUUCCUCGAGGCCAUCGAAUCUCAAGAGGCAUCGCAGAUCAAUCGAAUUUACGGCUCAGUCAUCGUAACUCCAACACCAACGCCAACAACGACUUCAGGACCCCUUUGUGUGGCUGCACAAGACCCUGACAGUGGAAGCGAUGACACCUAUUGCUCUUGCAGUGGUACCACUGACUAUGUCACUACAAUGUCUGGAUCGGACAUUUGCGGCUACACGGUUUUACCAACCAUGACAACUUCCAAUCCUUACCCAUACACGUUCACUGAUCUCUACGGUGACAUUGUCGCCUGUGCUUCCACGGGUCUUGUGAAUGAUGGCUACAGUGAGAUCCCAUACUGCAGUGGCUCUCGCACUACUAUAUGGCUCAACACUACAGAAUUCCCUUACCCAUACACCUUCACCGAUCUCUAUGGGGAGGUCGUCGCUUGUGCCAGCGAGGGUUUUGUGAAUGACGGCUACACCGAAGUCCCAUACUGCGAAGGCUCUAGUACUGUGCUUGUGAGCGCAACCGCAGCCCCAACUGACUCCUACCCCUGGGCCAUCUGGCGAGAGUCCCAAUAUCAAGAAGAAUGCGUCAGCGCCGAAUGCAUCGCAUCAUUGAAUGGUGUGGAGGCUUAUGGUGGACUCUACGAAAAGGACGACAUUUGUGACGCAUCUGAUGAGUACAUGGAGGUGGUUUAUGACCCUGUGAAUGAAGAUUAUCCGACUGGCAUGUCCGAUUACAUGCUUUUCAAGAACGGAAUUUGCGGAAGUGGUGUAGAAUACUGGUGCAAUGUUAGCUCCAGUGAUUCGAACAAAUGGAACUGCGCAGACGCGAAUGGAGAUAACACGGGUGAAUGCACUUAUGUGACCUAUGAUGCAGAUACCACACCUUCCGAAACUUGUUAUGUUACGGGAGGUGAUAAUGUCCUUUACAUGAUUGGAAAUUGCACGGGUCCGUGGGACUGUGACCCCUCCAGCUGA